UCACUGAUUGGCCGUACAUGUGGCACAAUACACAGUAAAAUGCAACUGAGUUCACUUGAGCUUCCAAUGAUGCCCAUCUGCUUCCUCUUUCAUUGCAGGUAACUUAAGAGCUGGUUCUGUGCCUGGGACGCUCAUCGGGAUCCGUUGCUGCAGUCGCGGAGCAGUCGUGGACCGAGGGCCUCCAGGUCCAAAGGACGGGAUAACGGCCCACCGGAGAGGAGGAGAAGGGGAGGUUAGCGGAGAGGAGAGGGCGAGAGGCGCCCUCCCCGACAAAGACGUCGUCGUCGACGACGUCCAGGUAGCUAUCCGGCUACACCAAGGGUGCCCUCUCCCUCGCACCCUUCCCUUCCGGCCCUCCAGUCUUUCCGGCUGGGAAGACCCCUUUCAGCCGAGGCGCCCUUACAACAACAAGCAGAGCCGCCCCUGCGAACACAGCAGUCCGACUCCGAGAGCAGAGGUGGACAGUUCCUUCUGCCCAUGAGUUCGGCCUGGUACCCGUGUGGACAGGACAGAUCAAGCUCUUCCGUCGUCAUCUUCUCUCCUCUGUGCCAUUCUUCGGCGAUUUCGGAGGCGGCGGCAGUGAACUGCGGAACCGCAGCAGCUAGUUUGUUCGGGAUCCACGACGUGCCUCCGCAAACUUAGGCCGCAGGGUCUUCUAGUGAAACCAAAUCGACUCCUGCCAAGAUGUAUCUCAGGUAUACCAGGAUGCUGGAGGGGUGCGGGAAAGUAGUCAAGUAUGCUCUCUUCGUGGCCAACUUCAUCAUUAUGGUUGGCGGGGUGGUGGUGUUCGCCGUCGGGAUUUGGACGCUGGCCGACCGGUCCUUCAUGGAGCGGCUCCUAGGCACGGACCUGUAUGUCAGCUCUGCGUCCAUCCUGAUAGCCACCGGCGUGGUGGUCACCAUCAUCUCCUUCCUCGGCUGCUUAGGAGCCUUCAAAGAGAUCAAGUGCAUGCUGCUUACGUUCUUCAUAAUACUCUUCAUGAUAUUCAUCACCAUGCUCGUCGGAGGCAUAUUAGGAUAUGUCUUCAGAAAUGAGGUUGACGAUCGGAUGUACCAAGAGAUGGUCAUGUCAAUCCCCAUGUACAAGAACGAUUCCGUCGUCACUGACGCCUGGGAUGCGGUGCAACAGCAUUUCCAAUGUUGCGGAGUGAGGAUACCUCCAAGGAACGAUCCGUACAAAGUGUGGGCUUUGAAGAACUCUCACUUCAACCAGAAUCAUCAAGUCCCGGAGUCGUGCUGCAUAAAGAAAGAAUGGCUGCACGCCUGCUUGAAGAGUCCUUCUGACAGAGACACUUACAUGGACAGCUGUCACGAGAAAGUUCGAGAUUUUGUCAAGGGACAUGCUGUCAUUGUAGGUGGAAUAGGCAUCGGCAUCUCCUGUCUGUUGGUCGUCGGGAUGGUGCUCUCGUGUGCCAUGUUCCUCAUGAUUCGCUGAAGCAGAAGCGGUCGACACCCCUGACGUCAUAUCCGACUGCGAUCCGGUGCCUACUCCCCGCUACAAUGCGCACGCGUGUGCCUCUCUCCUUCCGCAACCAAAGGUGCCAAUGACGCCCCAGUCGCUUGGCGUUGUUGACUUUUUACGUCGCUUUCAAGUUUCGUUUCAUCGCUCCUACGUUCGACGCCUCGAAGAGAAGGGACUGCGCGGACAUUUUUGUUUUUUGUGACUACGUUUCUCGCCAAGAAGCAAGGAAAGAAAAAAAUCAAGCAACGUCCUUCGAGGUGCCUACCUGAGUUGUGAAAAAGGAAAGCCUUCAGUGGACAUCGCGCGGACAUUUCUUAUCUCCUGGGUUCUUCAUCUUUCAAGAUGGUCUUCUCCGAGAUUGGUGCGCGUUGUUUCAUGUUGUUAUUCGGAAAUCGGCGUGAAUGUUGUCAUUUGUUGAUCUACAAGAUGAGUGUGGAAAAAGCUCAGAAACAUUUCUCGUUUAGUUGUUUUUUUUUUUUUUUUCUUACGUGCUUAUGUCAUUGCGUUGUCGAGUUUCUUUUAGCAAUUGUUGGCGUUGUGAAAAUGGAGUCCACGUUCGCUCCCAUGGCGUCUUGUAAUUUAUUAACUUAUGUACAGUGUUUUAGCCCUUAUCUAGUAUAAUUUAUAAUAAACUAGACGGUCCGCAUAUCGACUUUGGUAACCCCUACCAGUGCAUUUAGUGGCAGUCUCUCCACAAUCCUGCCAGAGAGAAGAUUGUAAACACGUAAAGAAAGUAUAGUUCAGGCAUUCUCUUUUUCAGAACUAAGUAUCGCUAAAAAAAACCGAGACACCGACGUUCAUCGAGAUAUUCAAGCAAAAACAAACACCUCACAACUACAACACAGGAACAAGAAAAACAAAAAUGCAAUAUAAUUUAAAGAAAACAACAACAACAAAAACAAACAUACGACUUCAAGAAGUUGUAUUGUUGUAUUGGAUGGCAAACGGUGAUUGUUACUCCUCGGUAACGCUGGGAGCGGCUUUACGCCGGAAUACACUCUAGAAUUCCAUGGAGCCAUUUUUAGUGAUUCCCGCCAUUUACUCUUGGUACUGACACUGCGGAAUAAUGUGUAUUAUAGGCCGUAAUGAUGUUUUGAGACCAACAGGAUUUUGUUUCUCAUCUAGUCUCGCUUGUGUAAAUCGCCUAAAAGUAUGUUUGUGGUGCGGUUGUGAUCGUCGAUUCUUUAAACACCUUGCUCUAUGAAUUUGUCGGUCGGGAUAUAUUGCUAGGUAGGAUUUAGUUCACUCGUUGUGUUUUGUCGUGUUCGUGUUGAUUUUAUUUUUGGUUGGCUUCUCGUCUUAGCUCUCUCUGUUUGGGCUCAUGGUAGGAGUUCACCUGCGCGUAUCACACUGACACUCCACACGUAUUCAACUAUUGCGUCCACGUCACACGCCUUCUACUGUACCUUAAAAUCAAUGUGCACGCGAACGUAUUUUUUUCUAGUGCAGCUAGCGCUUCUCAAAGUAGAAAAAAAAGAAAGAAAGAAAUGAAACAGCUGCCUUUGAACAGUAUGGGACCAAGAUAGUUGAAAUAUAGCCACUUCUGCCCAGUCGUUAGGAUCCGAUGGUUCCUAGCACAGCCAUUGCUUCUACUACCCAAAUUAUUCAAGAUUUUUAGGCACGUGAAAAUAACCCGGGAGUACGUUGAGUAGGUGCCAUGACACGACUUUAGGUAUUCACGUUGCAGCUUUUUCCACUGCACCAGCACACACAGGAACAUUCCGGGAAAGACAUCACAGAAGACGUCAUUUCAAACUGUCAUAGUGUGCCGUCAAUAUUGUCCGGUUAAAAAUUGUCGUUGCGAGAAAAGUUAACAAAAAACAAGGAAGUGCCUGCGUAAAAAAUAAAUAAAUAACUGGCGUGCCUUGUUAAUUUUGACGGUCAACGAGAAAAGUAGAAGGCCGGAUGGAGACAUUGCCUUCACGCACGGACCAUUUAUUCUAAAAAUGCGUUUCGCUUUGCAGACAAAUGUAGUCUGAUCAUAUACUUUGUGGGAAGUAGUAAGGCAUCAGGUGAGAGGUUGACGUCAUGAAGGUACACGAGCGCACAUAUAUCUCCUUAAUUUGUUAGAUCUAUAUAUAUAUAACGCGCAGUAUAUUUCUCUCAGAUGUAUAAGCGCGAAUACAGAACGAAAUCCAGUUAAUCCUAUUCACCCUUACCUGCACUUAGUUGAACCUUAAAUAUACGGACAUAGCGCAUCGAAGCGAAGUCACGCGUGAGUUCUGAGUGGAUAGUGUCGCGAAACGAGACGGCAACUCUCGCCUAAUCGCGUUUGGAACGAACUGAUGGCCGCCAUGUUAGGCUUGGCGUUGGCGAAUGCCGUUUCAGACUUGAGUGGUCGUCCUCUGUUUGGUGCGUUCCCUGCACCACAACUGAUUUGAAACUUCAACGUUUGCAGCAAUGUUGUAUGCAGCCUAUAUCUCCGACUGGUACUACUUGAACUCCCAUGUGAUGUCAAUCCCAGUGUUGUUGUUUUUUCUGUGCCGUUUCAAUACAGUGGUGCGUUGCAUGUACAUAGUUGCGUUACCGACGCAGUUUUUUUUUACUUAAUUGUUGUGGCUUUUGUCGUCGUCAGUGCAUCGUAGUGUUGUGUGGUACUUAAUGUUGAGCUCACGGGACGAGUUUUCUUUGAAGCAACAAGGACUUGGUUCCCAAGUUUGUGUUUAGCGUGCGUGAUUUUUCUACUCGCGUCUCUGUGUUGUCGUUGUUUGUUAUUUGGGCAAUGCAAACAUACCUGCGCGCAUAAAAACUCUGGCGACCAAGUACAAAAAAUAAAGAAAGUGCAUGGAGCUAGCCAUGUCUCGUUAAACCAAUGUGCUGAUCGCUGUUGUACAUUUAGAGGGACCGAUCCACCGUCGAGCUAAUGGUUUUCGUUUCAUACACAAUGUUCUUUUGUUUUGUGGAAACUGCAGGCAGUUACAAGCCAUGGCGUUACUGGAUAUGAAAUGUUUACAUUUGAAUAUUAAAAUAUACAAUCCCGCUUCUUAGUCCCCAAGUGUGUGUACUAUAGCCGAGUUGUUCCCCAUCUUCUUCACUUUGUUUAUGCUAAAAAAAAAUGUGCGAGAUACCACGAGCACUGGUCAAACAAAAUUUCGGUGUGCUUCUCGAAAUCACCCGUUUGAUCGACAUUUUGUCUGUUUGUCUGAGAGUACUUGUUCUCACAGUGUCCUUCGCAGUAUUUAUUUCAAGAAAAAAUAAAGUCCCGCUGACCAAUUAUGCUCUCGAA